CCAGGAUUCUCUUCUGUCGCGUUUCGACCUGCUUUUCAUCGUAUUGGACAAGGCGGACCCGGAAGAUGAUCGAUCCAUUGCUGAACACGUACUUCGCAUUCAUCGUUACCGUGGUCCGGGUGAGCAGGACGGUGAAGCUCUUUCGCUGCAAACCAUGAAUCGACUCCUCUCCACCGGAUUGGAUCCACUGUCGCUCGCUGCUCAGGAGGAUGCGGAUACCGACCAAAUGGACGUGGACGGUGCCAAUCGACGCGAAUCCGACCAGGUGUAUGAACAGCAGUCGGAUCUGUUGCGGCCAGGUCGCAACCGUGGAAACGACCAACUGACCAUCAAAUUUUUACAAAAGUACAUCCACGUGGCUCGGCAACUGAAACCCCAGUUGACCAAGGAGGCUGGCUCGAUUUUGGCCGAAAAGUAUUGUGAUUUGAGGGCUCAAGAAGCCACUGAGGGUUUUGGGCGCCCCGGUCGAGGGGACCAGUCACGCAUUCGUCGGACACAGCCGAUCACUGCGCGUAGCUUGGAAACCCUGAUUCGCUUAGCAACUGCGCAUGCCAAAGCACGGAUGUCGAAGACCGUGUCAAAGAAAGAUGCUGAGGCUGCUGUACAGCUUCUAUCCUUUGUCUUAUUUAAGGAAGUGCUUGAGAAGCCCCGGAAACGGGACCAUACCGCCGCUGAUGGUCAUAGCGAUUCGGAAGACGAGGGUCACAGAGUUGAACCGGAAGGCGUGCAGCGUCCCGCCAAACGCAAGGCCACUGAAACCAGCGUAGCGGACCCGAGUGAUCCGUACGCUUUCUCCGAGGAAUCUGAGAGAGGCACAACCCAGCCCAGCGUCACUCAGGCGACACCCGGCACUUCUCUGUCGGCCGAUCGAUUGCGCCAGUUGUCCACGCUUGUUAGUCGCUUAUUCCAGGAGCGCCGAGUCGAGCAACUUCCACUUCAAGAGGUGACCUCCGUUAUCCUCAGUCAAACGGAUGGUUUCACUCGAGCUGACGUACACACUGCUUUAGAGGCUAUGCAUGCAGAUAAUCGCAUAAUGCUGACCACGGAUGAUGUGUGGCUCAUUUGAAAGGAUGCCAUGUGUAUAUCCUGGAUGCUCGUGAACAAGCGGUUUAUUUUUCUAUUUGUGGUAUACCGUGCACCAUCCAUCUUCACGAUUUUGAGAUUUAUAUGUAUUUUAUCAUUGUUGUUGGUAUAAUCCCGUCGGUUUUUGAAUAGAUCCACUUUUGCUGUAUA